AUGGCACAGACAACUUCUGGAUUUCUGGAGGCAGCUGCAGUUCCAAAAGAAUUGGUGGAGCUUCACUUGAAACUGAUGAGAAAGAUUGGGAAGUCUGUCACAGCAGACAGAUGGGAAAAAUAUUUGAUCAAGAUAUGCCAAGAAUUCAACAGCACUUGGGCUUGGGAGAUGGAAAAAAAAGGAUACCUAGAAAUGAGUGUCGAAUGCAAACUGGGGAUUCUGAAGUAUCUCUGUGAAUGUCAAUUUGAUGACAAUCUGAAGUUCAAAAAUAUAAUUAAUGAGGAGGAUGCCGAUGCCAUGCGCCUUCAGCCUAUUGGGCGAGACAAGGAUGGACUGAUGUAUUGGUAUCAGCUGGAUCAGGAGCAUAAUGUCAGGAUGUACAUAGAAGAACAGGAUGACCAGGAUGGAUCCACAUGGAAGUGCAUUGUUAGAAACCGAAAUGAGCUUGCCGAGACCCUUGAGCUCCUGAAAGCACAAAUUGAUCCUGCCCUGCUGAAAAACAAUUCUCAGCAGGAGAAUUCAUCACGUGAAAGCCCAAGUAUAGAAGAUGAAGACACCAAAAAGGGUGAAGAAGCAUCUACACAAGAAAACCAAUUAAAAAUCAAAGAAGAAAAAGACGAGGUGGAGGAACAGUCAAAGGAACUGGAAAAUCUUCCUCUUCCUGUGGUUAAAGAGGAUGAAAACAUGAUGAAAAUAGAGAAGGCUGAAGAAAAAGAAAUUAUAAAAUUGCCAGUAAUAGUAAAAUUAGAGAAGCCUUCGGAAUACAACGAAGAGAAACAAACUGUCAAAGAGGAAAGUGACUCCUUUAAAGAAAAUGUCAAGCCUGUUAAAGCAGAGGUGAAGGAAAACAAAAUAGAACCAAAAGACCUAAAAGAAGUAAAAAGUUCUACUGACAAAAUAGCAGUUCAUGAGCCCGAGAGGUUAGAAUUUUGUGUUAAUGUCAAAACUCCCCAGGAAAUUGUGGAGAAAUCUGUAGAAGAAAGCGAGAAACUUAAAAAUGACCAGCAGGCAAAAAUACCCCUUAAAAAGAGAGAGAUCAAGCUGACAGAUGACUAUGACAGUCCUAUAAAGGGGUCCCUGUGUAAAUGUGUGACUCCAACGAAGGAUGUCUUGAAGGAAGAGGGGAAACCAGAAGAGGAAACUUUUAAGAGAGUCCCUACAAUUACUGCUUUAUGUCCCGAUGGGAAAGUGCUGGUAAAUGGAGAGGUUAGCAGUGAGAAAAUAACCCCAAGUGUCAUACAGAAUAAUAGGUCGGAGCACUCCGUUGGUACAAAGGAAGACAGCAGCUCAUUAAAAGAGAAAAAUGGUAAAAGUGGGGAAAAGGUAUCAGACUCCCUAAAUUCUGUUAGUAAAAUUAUAAAAGCAGGUGAGGUUGAGAAAAAUGCGGUAACUGUGGUGAAAGAGCUAGGAGCUGUGGUCUCUGAGGUUUCAAAUCAGAAAGUGCCUUCAAAGGAGGAAUCUAGUCCUGUGGAGAAAGAGAACCUUGACAGUCCAGCUACUGAAAUGGUAGCGGAAGAAUCUUCAAACUCUGAAGACUGUGCCAAAAAAUCUGAAGAGAAACUAGCCACGAUAAUCAAAAAGGACAGACUGCCGCCACCCAAAGAAUGUUUAGAGAAGCUGGAGAAGCCCACAGAUGCAUCUGCUCCUGCAGAACUGCCCAAGCCUGCAGCAUCUGAGGAAGAGACCUUGAAAAGCAGAAACGAGCCUGAGGAGAAACCUGAUUCUCCCAAAGCUGCUGAGACACCCCCUCCAUCUUCUUCUCCUGUUACUUUAGAGAAGACUGUUUUGGAAGCGGAGGGCUCUGAUGCUAAACCUGCUCUCCUUGAGGAGAGCCAAGUAGCAGAAAAAUCCAGCCCUGAAAAACCAGAGGAAGAGCCUGAAGCUGACAAGCCGGAGCCAGAGGGAUUAGAUGAUGCCCACGCGUCCAAUCUAGAGAACUCCUCCGAGAGUAAAAAGGAUUCCCCAACACCUAAAAGCAAAUUUAAGUAUAAACUAGUUUCUGAAGAAGAAAGCUGCACAACAGAUAAUAAAGAAAUAACUUCUGAAAGACAGAAAGAAGGGAUUAAAUUAACUAUCAGGAUCUCCAGUAGGAAGAGAAAGGCAGAAACACCACCAGAAGACGUCACUGCUGGCCGCACGUUAAGGAGAUCCCCAAGAAUAUCUAAGCCUACUCCAAAAGUUGUGGAGACUCGGGAUCAGAAAUCUGACAAAAAACGAUCUGAAGAGGAAGAGGAGAAACCUGCUCAUAAGCAGGAAAGAAAAGAAGAUGCAAAAAAACAAGAGAAGGAGUCAAAUUCUAAGGUUAACAAGAGAAGCAAAGUUCGGUGGACGGGUACACGAACACGUGGCAGGUGGAAAUACUCAAGCAAUGAAGAAAGUGAAGACUCAGAGAGUGAAAAAAACUCUGAUGAAGAGGAGGAAGAGGAAGAAGAGGAGGAAGAAGAAGCUGCACCUGCUGACGAUGAUGAACCAUGCAAGAAGUGUGGCCUUCCCAACCACCCUGAGCUGAUUUUGUUAUGUGAUUCCUGUGACAGUGGAUACCAUACAGCUUGCCUUCGCCCUCCUUUGAUGAUAAUCCCUGAUGGAGAAUGGUUCUGCCCACCUUGCCAGCACAAAUUACUCUGUGAGAAAUUAGAAGAACAAUUACAAGAUUUGGAUGUCGUCUUAAAAAAGAAGGAGCGUGCAGAACGCAGAAAAGAGCGACUGGUGUACGUGGGUAUCAGCAUUGAGAACAUCAUUCCACCACAGGAGCCAGAAAUCCCUGAAGGUCAAGAAGAAAAAAAGAAAGAUUCCAAAAAGCACAAAUCAAAGCUGCUUGAAAGGAGAUCUACCAGAACCCGGAAAUGCAUAAGCUACAGGUUUGAUGAAUUUGAUGAGGCAAUUGAUGAGGCAAUUGAAGAUGACAUCAAGGAAGCUGAUGGAGGAGGCAUUGGCAGAGGCAAAGACAUGUCUAAUAUCACAGGACAUCGUGGAAAAGACAUUUCCACAAUCCUAGAGGAAGAAAGGAAAGAAAAUAAGCGACCCCAAAGGGCUGCUGCAGCACGGCGCAAGAAACGACGGCGACUAAACGACCUGGAUAGUGACAGUAAUCUGGACGAGGAAGAGAGCGAGGAUGAGUUUAAGAUCAGUGAUGGAUCUCAGGAUGAGUUUGUUAUAUCAGAGGAAAAUCUGGACGAAAGUGAAGAUGAUCCACCAUCAAACGAAGACAGCGAUUCCGAGUUCUGUGCCCGCAUAUCCAGGAGACAUCUCUCCAGGCCCAUGAGGCAAAGCAGGCGGUUACGAAGGAAAACAGUCAAGAAAAAAUACUCUGAAGAUGAUGAAGAUGAAGAUUCCGAGGACAAUUCAAGCAGAGAAACUGAGAGUGGUGAUUACACAGAUUACAGUGAUGAUGAUUACCUGGAAACCAGGAGGAGAAGAUCAAGAAGGAAUCAGAAGAGGCAAGUGAACUACAAGGAGGAUUCAGAAAGCGAUGGCUCUCAGAAAAGUGUCCGAUAUGGAAAGGAGUUAAGAAGAGUUCAUAAACGCAGGCUCUCCACUUCAGAUAGUGAAGAGAGCUACGCAUCCAAGAAUUCCGAAGAUGACGAUUCCACAAAAGAGUCGAAGCGUUUGAUUCGAAAACGUCGGCGAAGUACGGAUGACUACUCUGAGGAAGGAGAGGAUGAGGAAGAUGAAGAGAGGCCUGUCCGCAAACGGCUCAAUAGAAUUGAAACAGACGAUGAAGAUAACUGCGAAAAUGCUAACGAUGAGGCAGAAAGCCCUGCAAAUAAGCUGCCAGCACCACAGGCUCCUCAAGACAACACCAAGAAGCACUGCUACCGGAUAGAAAGUGACGACGAAGAUGACUUUGAUAACGUAGGAAAAGUAGAGAGCCCUUUGGACUACAGCCUGGUGGACUUGCCUUCCACCAACGGACAGAGCCCAGGUAAAACCAUUGAGAACUUGAUUGGCAAACCUAGUGAGAAGACCCAAGCCCCGAAGGACAGCACAGCCAGUGCCAGCCUGGCGCCCAAUGGGACGGGGAGUGGGCAGGAAGUGGUAGGGCCAGAGGAAGAUGAAGAUGAACUUUUGAGAGUGACUGACCUUGUUGAUUACGUCUGUAACAGUGAACAGUUAUAAGACUUCCAUUUUUGUGCUAAUUUAUUCCACGGUAGCUCAUACCAGCGGGCCAGUUAUUAAAAGCUGUUUUAUUUUUCCUAGAAAACUCUCCACUACAGUAUCACUUUUUAGAAGCAAGAAUUUCACCAGUCCUGCAGUCUUUCUGUGAAGUGACCAGUUUUGAACUUUGAAGAAGAAUUGCUGUAAAUUCCCUCUCUUACCCCCCUUUCUCCUUCCAAGUCCAUGGUCCUGGGUAAUUUCACUCACAAAAACCUUAUCACAACAAGAGAUUUGUAUAUUUUUGGCUUUAUAUUUCCUGAGUGCAUACAAAUUUGUGGAAAUGGGUGGCCUAAGAAAGCAUUCCAAAUCGGUCAGGGCCCAAACCGAAAUUUGGGGUGGGUUUGGCUCAAGGGGUGGGCGGGGUGCAGAAGCACUUGUGCUUUAGCUUUUUCAUAUGAGAUAUAUAUUAUAUUUAAAUGUUCACAACUUAGAUUACAACUUAACAGACAGUCUCAAAUUUAACGUCUGUACUGUCGCAUUUUGUGAGUUGUAGGUUAACAUGCCAUAGCUCAUUAGUAAUCACCUUCAUGGAAGCAGUUUGAUUUUAAUACUGGAGGCAAACAGAAUUACUAGAGGCCGAGAAGGUACCAUAAACAAGAACUCUACUAUCCAUUAUGACUUGCAGACUUUCCUAAUAAACAUCCUUUAAAGUGUUUGUACAGUAAAGUGUACUGUAAUGAAGUUUUUGACAGUUGAAACACGCUAGCAAUGAAUUUACAAAGCUAUCAGAUGGUCUUCUGUACACGGUGUCCAGUGGGAGGACGCAUUGAUGUGAAGUUGGUCUGUAAACGGGAUGGCAUCUUGACGUGCUGUAAACUUUUACAGACAAAAGAAUCCUGCAGUAGCUGCCUGGCCACUUGGGUUUCACCUUCUGUUGGAGUAUUCGGAAUGGAAUGUGUCUGUACAGACUGCACUGACCACAGAAUUGCAGCGCAUCAGAGGAUUGAGGGAUUUUCCAAUAAACCGUGACUGGUCCAUUCAUGUCCUUAGUAUCUACUUCAAAUUGAAGUAAACAAAUGGAACAGUUUUCCUUUUGGAGGUUUUUCUGUUUGGGGUUUGUGUGUGUUUUUGUUUUGAUUUUAGUUAUCUGCCUGGAUGUAUUAGCAGGUUUUGAAUGUAGUGUUGGCCUUUGGCCAUUAGAAUUUUCUUAAAAUACAUUUUAAUAAUUGUCAUGUGACCAAACUGAUUUCAAGAAGGCAGUAUUUCUGAGAGAAAACACUCAACUCCAAGACGUCUCAUCAACUUUGGAGUGGGCCUGAAGUGAUAUGUGCUUUCAUUUAAAAUAAAAAAAAAAAGGAGACUACAAACAAAACCAACAAACGUGGGCACAUAAGAAAGAGCAGAGCUGAAAUUUGCUUUGGGUAGUGUUGAGUUUUCUCUUCAUUUGGAAUUAAGAUGCAGGCUGUAGCAUUUGUACAUGUUGUAGCACACAGCUGAAAAAGAUCUGCCGAACGUUGAAAUCCAAAAAGGUCACAUCUGUUACUCCUUUUGCUCCGAGAUUUGGAUUUUUGACUGGUGUUGAUGUCCAUUGCCGGCAAUGGAUGCACCGAAACUGCUGCUGCCACUGAGGAGUGAGUUCUCCUUUCCUGCCCCACCUGAUUCCCUUCCAUUAUAUUGUAUUUCCUAGUCAGUCAUGAAGCACUUCUGUUUUCUUCUACUAAAACCGGCAUUAGGCCUUUACUAAAUACCUCUCUAGAAUACCUAGAUCCAAAAAUACCUACUUCUGGCCUGGAAAGUCUUGGUUUUGUUUCCCCACCUGUCUCUGCAUGAGUUCAAUCAGAACCACUCCGUGACUGUUACUCGAUUGGGUUCUAGCAGUGCACAUCUACAACCAGAAUCGUCAGAGCUGCAAGAAAGAUAGAACUCGUUCAUUACCUGCUGUGCUAAGCAAGCUUGUGAUUAAGAAAAAAAAAGAGAAAUCACGCGCUUUCUAAAUGAGAACUGAACAUCAUUAAAGAUUAAAUAUCUUUCCACCUUAUCAAUGUUAACAGAUUUCACAAGCAGGUAUUAAAACAGGGUUUAGAAUGUUCUUGUAAGUGUACGUAGCAUUUUAGCUACUACAAUGUUUUUCUUUGCCUAGGUGAUGCAUAAAUGUAGUGCUUCUACAUUUCUAAUAUACUUGUGUUUUAAAACAAGCAAGAACAUAUGGCUUCCCCUUUCUAAUGUUAAUAAUUGCUAAGCAUUUUUAAUAUUUGCAGUGCAAACUGUCUUGAUUCCCAUGCAGCAACACUGUGCAACCAGUGACUUCUCAUUUAUUUUGGCAGUGCCAUCACCUUUUUUGCUGCCACAUGGAGCCUUUUCCUGUCUGAUCAGUGCCAUAGCAAACGUUCUUGCUUGUAGACAGCCCCAAAUGCUGGAUAUGUAGUGGGUGAGUCAUUGUGAAUGUAGGAAAAUACAAAGCAGUUAAAAUACAAAUAUACCAACCAGGAAGAAAUUGAGCACUGUGUUCGGGAGUGACGUAGAAGACCAGAAAGCAGAAGUGAAGCACUGAAUUUUAUGUCAAGAGCAUCAAGCUUAACCAAUGUAGACAGAGAGGUUGUUGCUUUCUAUUGGUCGGUUGUACAAAACAAUUCUCUGUCUUCUGAGAAGUCACCCUUGGUAGCUGGGAUGGCUUCAUCCCUUGGGAUCCCAAGGUGCCGUUAGCCCAGUGGGAAUAUUGUGCAAGGAAAAUCUGCCUAGAUGUUCUACAGAGCCCAGGAUUUUAAAACUUCCGUUUUCUCUCCUGUCUAAGGCUUCCAGCAUGGUCAGAAAUGUAAAUCUGUUUGGAAAGAUGUUUUCAGAACCAAGGCUGACUGGCUGCCAUGUGGGGCUCGUGCUGUUGCGUCACGUGUAUGUGAUCCCAGAGUGGGAUCCUCCAGGUGUUGUGGUGUCCUUAGCAGCUUGUGCUCUUCUGUAUGCAUCGUGAGAUCAGAAGUCACAUCUCCUUGACUGCUCAUCUUCAGGUGUGGCUUUGGGCUAACAGAAAUUCAGGGUGUGUAAGGAACAGAAUGCAUUCUGGCCAGGGGUUUCUCACACAAUGGACUGGACAGCAGAAGAAGGAGCACCUGUUGGCUGAGCUGUUCUUUGCACACAGGUUGACACCAAAAGCUGUGUCUUUUUUAACUGCAGAUCCUUCAGAAUAUAACUGAUGAGGAAGAAAGUGAACUGAUUUCUGUGGGCUGUGUGAGUCUUAAGAAGCACUGGAGAAGGGAAGGAACUAUAAACUGUGUUGAGAGAUGGAUGUUUUUGGGUGCCACAAAGAUGAAGGAUGGCUUUGCCAUGAGCAUAGGAUGUGCUGUGCAAAGUACAGCCGCUCUGUACUAAGGAAUGCAGAGUGUUAAUCCAACCAGAAGGGUGGGGAAUUAAGAAGGCAAAAUUUCAUUGCAGUUGCUGUCUGAGUUAUUGAAUCUUCUAAACCUCGAUUUAAAAAUGGAAAACAGCAUCACUAAGAUACCAAAAAAAAACCUUAAUGUUGAAAGCCUGUAGAAACACGAGUACUGAACAACAAACUCUCUGAGCUCUUAGAUUUCCUACAUGUCAAAUUACCUUAUAAAAUUACUGUAUCUUCCUGAUUUAUUUAAUGAAAGGACUGCUCUGUUCUAAUGGCGCUUAAGAAAAACAGAGAUGCUUUUUCUCUAAAUUGCUCAUGUAUAAAUAUGUCACCUCGAGAUUUCUGUGGAUUGAAACGUCUCGAUUGCUCUUCAUGCAGUGGGAGCUGAUGACUGAAGCGGGCUUCUUUCCUGGUCACUGCUGUUUUCUGAAUGCUGGCCUGCACUCUGAGGGGUCCCACUCAAAGAACCUUGAGGUGAAAAUGUAUGUUCAGAAAAGAGAAACUGUAUGGUAGCAGUGCCCUUGUUCUGAUUUGUCUUCAUGUUUCUCACUUGAACUGUUUGGUAUCAGGAUGCUGUUUAAUGAUUUCAAUAGUCCAUUGUCAGGGUGUCCAUUGUAGAGCUCUGUUUUCAGGUGCUUACAGCUUGGUUUUCAAUGCUCUGCAGUAGGAAGGCCUGGUUGAAACUUUCAGCAAGUUGUUCCAAAGUAUUUAUUUUCACCAAUUUUUUAUUUUUUUUUAAUGAGAAGUAAAUGAGGAAUUUUGGUGGCAAGGGAUUUGUAUCAUCUAGUUCAAAAUGGCAACGCCUUGGGGCCAAUGGGCCUUGAGAAUUGGUUUUGGUACGUGUGCAGUGAAUGCUACAAGCUUGUGUUAAGCAUCCAACAUGCAGCGUGCACCUACAUACGUGUUUACAUUUGCUUUCAAUUCACUGGGUAUAUAAAAUCCUUUCAUGUAUAAAUAUAUGUAAAAAUAUCAAAUAUCUUCAAAUGGUAACUUUCUGGAAAACUAAAUCUGUUGAAUAUGGUGGGGAAAUCUGCAGGAAUUCAUGCAAAAAGAGCACAGCACUGCAACUCAUCUAGUGUUUAAACAAUCUAUGGGAGCAUUUAGGACUGCUGUCUGAAAUGUGCGGGAUGAAGCCCACGUUUCCUGGGAUCUUACUUUGGCUCCUCCCCUUCUAGAACAAGUGGGGUAGGGACUAUAUCACUUAAUAUGUCAGAAGACAGAAAAUGGAAAAAAAAAAAA